AUGUCCAAAAUAUCUGUACAUUACUUUAAUGAAAGAGGACUUGGAGAAGCAAUACGUACAUUGCUCGCGUAUGGCGGAGAGGAUUUUGACGAUAUCCGAUAUACAGAUGAAGAAUGGGAGAAAUUUCAACCGUCAACGCCAUUCGGUCAAUUACCACUAUUGGUAAUAAGUGGUAAAAUAUACAGUCAGAGCAAUGCAAUCGCUCGAUAUCUUGGACGGAAAUAUGGUCUUGCUGGACAAGAUGUCGACGAAGAGUUCGAGAUUGAUCAAAAUGUUGACUAUUUCACCGAAUUACGUACAGUUUCGGCGGACUCAUUCUAUGAAGAAGAUCCAGAGAUUAGAAGUAAGCUACUAGAAAAACUAUUUAAGGACAAAGCACCUCGUAUGCUGACGAAAUUGGAUGAAAUUAUUAGCAAAAAUAAUGGACACAUUGCUUUGGGAAAGUUGACGUGGGGCGACUUUGUCAUCGCAGGAGUAUUUGAUUAUAUAAAAUAUAUAUUAAACUUACCGGACAUAGAAGCAAAAUAUCCAAGCUUUAAAAAACUGGUAGAUAACGUAAAUUCUAAUCCUAAUGUACAAAUCUUUUCACGCACGGGAACCAAAAUCUGA